UGGGAAUAUUUGGCUGUCAUUAAAAAAAAAAAAAACUUCCCUUUUUCUGCAGUCAUUAGCGAAAGCUGAGGAGGGAGCAAAACAAGACCUCGGAAUCCUCUUUGGCAGAUGAUAUGGACAUGAAGGCUCUGCUCUGAAAUCUCAUCGUUGAACUUUGGAACCAGGCCACGGUUGAAAAUGGCUCUGAAGAAAAAAAUCCCGGACUAAUGGGGGCCACUGGCAGGUCGCGCAUUAAUUCUCACUCUCGAUUUGACUUCCUGGCUGCGCUGUGGCUUCUCUCCACCAUGAUCACCGUUGUUCAGUCCUGCCCACAAAGAUGCCACUGCGCCGAAAGGAACGGCGCCGUGGUGCAGUGCACGUCUCGGAACUUGGAGAACAUUCCCUCAAACCUGCCCGAGGACACUGCGGUUCUCCUGCUCUCCUCCAACCAGAUCACCCACAUCCCCAAGGAGGCCUUCGCCGACCUCCGCCGACUCAGGGAACUCGACCUUUCCCACAACCUCAUCGAAAGUUUAGAGGCGGGCGCUUUCCGAGGACUUUCAGAAGGCUUGAGGACCUUGGACCUCUCCAACAACCACCUCCAAAGCCUGCCAAAAGAAACCUUCGACAAACUCCAGGCUCGAGUGCGCUUGUCCAACAACCCCUGGAACUGCGAGUGCUCUUUGCAGGAAGUGCUGAGGGAGGUGCGACUGGACCCCGAGACGAUCAACGAGGUGAGCUGCUAUACGUCCGCCCGGGACGAAUACGUCGGGCAGCCGGUCGUGCAGGUCCUGGACUCGGGAAUCAACUUCUGCACCUUCCAUCAGAAGACGACAGACGUGGCCAUGUUUGUGGCCAUGUUCUCCUGGUUCUCCAUGGUGACCGCUUACAUCAUCUACUACAUCCGAUACAACCAGGAGGAGGCGAGAAGGCACAUGGAGUAUCUCAAGUCCCUGCCGAGCAGCUCCCGUAUCAAUAAAGACGACGACACAGCCAGCAGUGUGUUUUAGAAAUGAGCGAGCACUCGUGCGUGAAGACGAAAGUCAAGCGGGGAAAAUGUUUGCAACUCAAAAAAAAGAAAAAAGAAAAAUGAAAAGCAGCAUAAAGAUGCUCAAAUAAUUCACUGUCUUGAAAAAGGUCAGCUCACAUCAAUGUCUGAGAAAGGGAUUAUCAACCGGCGGUUCGCGCUCCUCUAGUGGUUCAUGGCGGUAUUGCAGGUGGUCCGCGACAUUGGAAAUGGAAAAUAAUUGUAACGGUUUUAAAAAUAAAUGUGAUCUAUUAUUUAGACUUGAUUUAUUUUCCAGCUAAUUUUGUGAAUCAUUCACUCAUCCAAAUUAUGUCUAAUGUUAUAAUAUUCCGCCAAAGCAAUGGUCCUUGAGUUGCUUCUUGAUUAUAAUGGACAAAAGCAGUUUAAAAGCUCUGAUCUAAAAGUCUAUUUGGUUCUUUUCCAAGAAAAACAGAUUUUUGUGUCGUCUGUUAUGUAAACGACUCAAGGUUGCCGUCUGUUUCAACAUGAUUAAGAUGUUCAAUGUUCAAAACAAUCUUAAGCUCGACAACAUCCACGAGUCCAUGUUGUUCUUUUAGAUUUGAACAGUGAAAUAAACCAAAAUUGCAAAUGA